AUGGUCCGAACGAACAGGGGGCCAGGAACAGACUUAGAAAGUCGCACGUCCCACGUCGACGAGAACAGGGACGGGGGUCGCAAAAAUGUCGUUAGAGCCAUCAAAUUGAAUGGAUGGAGGGUCCAGGGUCUGACAGCACCCAUAGCUCUAGGUAUAGCUUGCGGAUGGCAGCCCGCUGGAUCGGCAAUCGAAAAAUCACAGGGCGACCAAGGGACUUCCUUGGUCGUAUUGCUCGGUACUGGACCUAAUCCCUAA